GUCUGCUCAUGACGUCACUUAGUUACGAUGUUGUUAGCAACAGUAAUGGCUAACUCUGCAAGUGUAAAGUUUCACGGUUAGCAUCAGACACAAACUGGUGGAGAUGGACGAGGUUUUCGUCAACGAAGAGGCCAAAAAUGAGGCCUCGUUUGCUAACACUUCAUCUGAAACAAAGACGAGCGAUUUCUAUAAGGUGGAUAAAAACUUACCAAAGCGCUUUAAUCAUCCAGAGGGCUUCAAAGGGUACAGCAAAAAAACAACUAACCCACUUUACCAAACUACAAAUGAAACAUAUGGAAGCAAAAAGCCCACAGUUCAUGAGAUGCCGACAAGCUUUAGUGGAAGCAGCCGGAAGUUUUCCGAACAUCAUCUGAAGAGCGGGAUGUACAGGGAUAAUGGUUUCAACACAUCACUGGACAAGAGCAGACUUACUGGACCCAACACAACAAAUGUGUUUCACAACAGAAUCAAUUUUCAUUACUUAUACAACACAGUUGGACAAUCUCAGUAAAAUACAGUAUUUAUUUAAUAUGUUACAGAACAGUAAAGCUCAAACACUAGUAAAUCAUUUGUUGUGUUUUAAUUGCCAUAUUGAAUAAUUUGGUUACAGUGUUUCAAUCUGGGUCUGUCAGUGUUUUCCAUUGAAUUAAUAAAAAGCACACAAACUAAAUUAACAA